AUGAUACGAGACUUCUCGUCGUGCCAAGAUGACUUCGGGUUGAAGCCCCCAGACGGCGUCCUUAAGGAACAUACAUUUCCAUGGCUUGGAUUUGUGCAGUACAUUCACGUUACAACAGGUCUGCCUCAUCACAGUAAGGCACCGCGGGUUGUUCUUGUUCAUAAGCAAUUUGCUGUUGGGACUGCUACUGACAUGCUGCACUUGCCAAAAAAUUACAAACUUGGAAAUGUAUUAUUUGGUGACUACGUCCGAGAUGAAGAAGAGUGUGGUCUAACAUUGUCGCAAACUAAAAUGGGUUCCGCCUGCCCUCGAGCUUAUUUAGAAAUACCGUUAAUUGAUAUAUCUCCACAUCCUGAAUAUUCACGGUUUGGUGUUGGAAACAGUCUCGCUAUUGUAAAGCUUCUGAGGCCAAUUAAAUCUCAUUAUAUGGUACCAAUAUGCCUUCCAUCUAUUGAGGAACGUGAAAGAAAACGUAAACAUAAAUAUGUAUUUAUGGUUGAUUACAUAAGUUCUGUACCAAGAGAUUUUGAUUCGGAAAAAAUGGCAAAAAAGACCCUGAAAUUUUACACGCAUAAAGAGUGUAGGAAACAAAGAACGCGAAACAAUUUAGGUAGCGAGGGUGUGACGCACGUGCUUUGUACCUCUGGAUGUGGUAUUCGUCCUGGGGCCCCAAUUGUAACUCAUGCUACCGAAGGCACGGUACAAUUAAUGGGUGUGGCAGCUGGCAGUGCUCCAUGUAUCAGGCGGUCUAUGAGAAACAGACUAAAUAAAGAACCACCACUAUAUAUAGAUGUCUACCCUUAUGUCAGCUGGAUAAUUAACUUCGUAACAGCUAGUAUACUACCACGUCCAUAUCCAGAAAAUUUUAAAUUAGUUGACGGUGGUCCGACCUUUGGCAUAAAGAGUCGAUAUUUAAGAUCUAGGAAGCCACAAAAGUUUGGAUGGAGAGCCAGGACCUAUGUCUCUGGAAAUAAUUGUUUCAAAAGUUUAAAAAAACAGAGACAAGCUGCAUUUUUCUAUUCAGAAAGAUUUGAAGUUAACGCAGAUCCCCCUGGAAAAUUGAAUAUUAUUAUGAAGGUGUCAGCAGGGAUAGAAUGUACUAUAGUGUGCGCCCGUCUGAUGCUACCAAACCGUCUCGUGACACCUGUGAUUACUGGAGUUGGUGGAUAUAAUAUAACAAUCACUUUCAAUACACAGUGGUUUCCAUAUGUUUUUUAUUUUGCUUUAGGUCUUAGCGGAAAGAACACCACAUUUAAUGACUACGUAAGAUGGCUUCCGGAACGUAAGCCAGGUUUUUGGUGAGCUCUGAAUAAAACCAUGUAUUUUAUA